CAGAACUUCACAGCUGAUUCGUAUGCGUGCGGGUACAGUAGUCAAUAUUCGGUUGGCAAAAUGCAUACAGCACGACGGAAAUUCGCAAAUUUCAUACAUUGUUAUGUUUUUAAAAUCUCAAUGCUCCUCGGCCUACUGCCAUUCAAGUACAACAAGGAAAAAAGGACUUUUCGGUCUUCGCGCAUGGCGCUCAGCUAUAGUGUCGUGAUUAAUACGCUGCUUUUUGCUUGGGUCGUCAAAAACUGGCCGGAUAUGUCGAACUAUGAGCUUUUCGUUGCCAAGCCGYUGUUUUUUAUCGUGCAAAACGCCGUCAAUUAUAUGAAUUUCGUUGGUAUGAUUAUAAUCUUUUGCAGUACCUGGGCUGGUAGAAAACGUCUGUUGCGGCUGUUCAAUGAAAUCGUCACUGUAAGACACCUAUGUGAUUCGAAAGCCUUUUUGCGCGAUUUCGAUGCCAGCACGUUGGAGAAUCGCAUUAUACUGAAGUUUUGCUCAAUGUUUCUGCAAAACCUCUUAUUUUUCAGCUCAACGUUAUAUUUCGCGUACAGAAUGGAUGAGAGCUACUUUUGGGUGCUUAUGUUGUCUAUCAUAUUGUUGAAUGAGAUAUUUUUGAUAUCGAACCAGUUCUAUCACAAUACGUUCUCCAUCAAUCACCUCAUACUGGCUGUAAAUCAUCGCUUGCGUUGUUUGAAUACCAGAAAGCAGUUGUUGGCUGCUGGUAAGAUUAAUGAGAUUUUUGGUAUAUAUAUACGUUUGAUACGCCUAAUAGCGCACACAACGAAAGCAUACGAACAACAGUUACUCGUCAUAAUCUCGGUGCGUUUGAGCAUUGUUGUGCAUUGUCUUUUCUCCGCAUGCAUGCAAUUUGGUAGUAAAGGCUUGCAGGUGAAUAUACUGGAACUGUUAUAUUACUUGCAUGUUAUAAUGCUAACCUCCUUGGACUAUUGGCUGUUAAUGGCUGUUUGCGAAUCGGUGUGGCGCGCUCAGCAACAGACGGAAGUCGAGCUGAAACAUUUCAACACUUUUCGCACUUUGAGCGUUGAUCUGGCAAGAGAUCUCAACACUUUUUCCAUAUUUUGCKCGAUACACAAGUUUCGCUUUCCGCUAUGUGGCUUGUUCGAGAUAAAUUUUGCAACUGCACGCAAUCUGUGUACUUCGGUUGUGACAGUUUUGAUAUGGUUGGUUCAAUAUGAUUUCGCUACAAUCCUCUUCAAAGAUGAUAUACCRAUUAUAGCGAUCCCCAGUUCGAUACCAAAAUAG